AUGCCAGCUGGCAACAUUCCUAGAACUAUUUCUGAUGGGUUAGUGGAAAUCAGCUGGUACCUGCCCAGUGGCAACCCAAGAAUUGACGUCUUCACUGAACCUGUGGCUGUAGCUAAUCUUCGUGGUGAUAUCCAGGAUUUUCAGACCCAGUUCUCUUUCCUCUGCGAGACGUCAGCAGCAGUGUUUGUGUUCUGUGAUGUUUUGGGCUCUGACAGCAGUAUUCUGAACCUCCAGAAGAUGAAAGAUCGACUCGUCAUUGUGUGCAACUCUGAGGCUAAGAGCUAUGAUGCAGCCACAUUUGAGAAACACUCUGGUGUCAUAAUAAGGAAAGACAGGGAAAUAAACAACGCACAGCUUGUGAAGAAGCUCCGGUCUGCAGUCACAGAUGUCAUGAAGGCAAACCCACACAAAACUAAAGUGGAGAAAAUGUGUGUUGUUGCGCAUGAGUUGGGUAUCCCUGUGGAUGAAUAUUAUGAUAUCUGUCUGAAAGCCAAGAAAAGUGCAGCUUUAAUUACAGAUAAAAUCAGUUGUAUACCAAGCUAUAAGAAGAGCAAGCUACGAUUACAGGGAGAGAUAUGGAAAAGUCUGACUGCACUGGAGAAAGAGGAGGUCAAACUGAAAAAAGUAGGUGAUAAGGAUAUUGAAAUGUACAAGAGUGAACUCAAGCAAGAGAAAUAUGAACUCAGGAAGAAGCAGCUGUCUCUUGGCGUUAGUGACAGUAUGCAACAUUUUGUGGAAGGUUUGAGGACUUCCAAAGAAGAGCGCUCUUAUUUCCUGAAGUGGAUGAAGCUCAAUCUGGACAACCUGUCAAGAACACGUCUGUCCACUCUCAGAGAAAAAUAUAAAAACCUGUGUCAGAUUACCCCAGACAAGAAAGACCUCAUUGCCGAUUUAGACAAACAGAUCUCAAACAGUUCCUUAGGAACCGAACAUUUCUUAAGAGAAGUUGGACAGAUAUACGAAGCAACCAUGUCCUCUGAAAGCAGUGAGACUCAACAGAAAGUUCAAGGACUGCCAAUAAUCUCUGCCGAAUUAAUGUUGGAGGGGUUUCCACUGGAGCUGAUGGAUGGUGAUGCAUCAAACAUCCCAAUGAAGUGGAUAUCAGAUGUUCUGCAGGAGCUUCACGUUUUUACUAUGCCAAACAAUAAGAUCCGGGUGGUGUCUGUUUUAGGGGUCCAAAGCUCUGGAAAGUCCACUCUUCUCAACACCAUGUUUGGGGUCCAGUUUGCCUUCAGCAGCGGAAGAUGCACCAGAGGUGCCUUCAUGCAGCUUAUCAAAGUCGAAGAGGAAUUCAGGGAUGAACUAAAAUGUGACUUCAUCAUGGUCAUUGACACAGAGGGGCUAAAGGGACUUCAAUCUACCCACCUUACAGGCAAUUAUCAGCAUGAUAAUGAACUAGCCACACUUUUGGUAGGACUGAGUGACAUCUCAAUUGUGAAUAUUGCUAUGGAGAACACCACAGAUAUGAAAGACACAAUGCAGAUUGUAGCCCAUGCCUUCCUCAGAAUGAAAGAAUUAGGGAAGAAGCCAAGUUGUCAGUUUGUGCACCAAAAUGUUGCAGAUAUAUCUUCUCAUGACAAAAACCUUUGGGACAGGAAGCACCUUCUUGAGCAGCUGAAUGAGAUGACAAUUGUAGCAAGCAGGAUGGAAAAUACAGGUGGCGACAUUAAGUUUACUGACAUCAUAGACUGCAGUCUUGAGGACACAUGUUACAUCCCAGGUCUCUGGCAUGGCAGUCCGCCCAUGGCACCUGUCAAUGAGGGUUACAGUGAAGCUGUGGCUAAUUUCAAGAAGAAGUUGAUUAAUGCGUUCAAAAAGGAGGAAGCCUCAAACGUACAAACAAUCCCAGAGUUACAGCAUGAGAUCAUAUGUUUAUGGACGUCAAUUAAAUAUGAGAUCUUCAUCUUUAGUUUCCGCAACAGCAUUGUGGCUGAGGCAUACACCAAGCUGUGUGUGGAGUUUGAUCGAUGGGAAAGAGCCUUCCAAAAGCACAUGUACACCUGGCUGAUCAAAGCAGAAACCAUGGUGGCAAACUACGGCAUAAAGGUGUCGCAACAAGAGUCUGGCUUGGAUGACCUCUUAAACAGAAUGAAGAGUGAGGCUAGGGAUGAGCUAGAUAGAGAGGGGAAAAAAAUUCUCAACAAUGUGUCUUCCUAUUUCAAUAAAGAAGAAGGGAAUGUUGGUUUGGUUGAGAAGUAUAGGAGUGAUUUUAUCAUAACUGCAAAGAGUCACAAAAAUGUGACUGAUAGUGUUAUCAGGAAAAAACUAGAGAUUGCAGUGGACAUAAAAAAAUGCACAAUCCAGGUAGACAAUAUUAAGAAAAAUAAUAGAGAUACUCUUGACAAGAAAGUCUCUGACCUUGUUGAAAACGUUAGUGGAUUUGAUAAUCCAUUGAAUAACCAACACGUUGAGGAAGAAUUUGAAAAGAUGUGGAAUAAAACCAUUGGGGAGCUGUCAUUCGGGGGUCUAGAGAAGCAAAAUAUUGCCUCAAGUGUCAAUCAGCAACUGUAUCAGAAUAUGGGAAAGGGAUGCAGCACAGUUCAGGAAAUGUUAGCAAUAGCAGGCCCUGUUGAGAAAUGUGGACUUGAAGAAUUUCAAGUAAAAAGUGGACACAACGUGGUGAAGAAGUUUAUGAAGGGAUUGAUGAAGACAUUACACAAGAGUGCAUAUCAAUCUCAAAAAUCAUUACAGCAAAACACUCAAAUGAUGGCCAACAGCAUCAUAGAACACAGUAGGCGGUUUGUGAUGAACAAGGUGAAUGCAAAGACAGACUACCAUAGCACUUACAUCACAGAACUACUGGAAUUGAUUGAGGAGAACCUUAAACAAGAUCAUGAAUUACAUUUCAGUCCAGAAUUCCAUGCAUCUCUCAAGAUACACAUCUGUGGGCAUGCAGCAAGAGAGUUCCAGAAAAUGCAUAAUGCUUUCAUCAAAGACAAUGAUCCUCGACAAAGCCUGGAGAAACUGAAACCGCAGUACUUUACUGACUUCAAGGACCUAUUCUACAAGAGAGACCAUUGCAAAAGGAAGGCUGAAGAGUUCACCAAACACUGUCUGGAACCUGCAGUAAAGGAGUACAUCAUCAAAUCCCUUGGACCAGACAUUUUGGAAGAAAUGCUUUCAAACUGUGGUGAUGUUUUCAGCACAAGGAGGUCUUUCCAGUGUUCCAUGCUAAAACGCCUACUAUCUGGAGAUUUUCCGACAUUCGUGAAGUACACAGACUACUAUAAGGGAUUCGUAUUUGAGUUCAUUUUGAUUUACACAGUUGAAUACCUUUCAAAGAGAAGCAGGGAAGAUAAGGGCAUCAGCAUCAUUACAAACAUGGAGGUCCAACACUUGAAGACAAUCAGUAGACAGAUAAAGAAGGCUGUUGAGAAAUCACUGCAAACUGGCUCUGACAGACCAGAUGAAGAUGGUGAGGGUGACCUGAAUUUUAAUCUGUUUAUUCAGGAUUUACGCUCAGAAUUGUCUAGCAUGCUGGUUAUUCCCACUGAUACAACAGGGAUGACUUUAGAGAAUUCCAAGACCAAAGAGUUUUCUGACAUGCUGUUAUCAUCUGUUGAAGAGAUGGAGAGCCGUCUCUGUGAUGAAUUUCACAAAGAUCAAGAUGUAUUCAAGAAGUUGGACAGUCUACCUGACCCUCCUCAGGAAAAUCUUUUUAAAAACAUGUGGGGCUGUGGGAGACAGUGUCCAUUCUGCAAGGCCCCCUGUGAUGAAGUGAUGAUGGAUCAUUCAAUACACUCUGCUUCGAUUCAUCGACCAGAUGGACUUGGAGGGUAUAAAUGGAGUGAGUCAGAUAAACUUAGCACAGACACAUGCUCAUGUCUCAUCAUCAACAACAAAAAUCAGUUCCGCAGUGUUGAAACAAAAGGGAAAUUCUGUUCAUAUAAGAAAUAUCAGAAAUUUUUCACAGACUGGAUCAUCCAGCCAAACCCCACUCAGACCGUUGCAGACUACUGGAAGUUCCUUUUUGUGAAGUACAAUAAGGAGUAUGCAGGGUUCCAUGGUGCCUUGCCAGCUGAUUUGCCAGGAGACUGGAGUUCCAUCACAAUGAAACAGGCUAAGGACAGCUUGGAAGAGAACAUUUGA